AUGCACACGCCGCUCCUUCUCCUCGCGCUCGCCCUCGCCGCCAAGGCGCAGGACACGACGACGGGCCCCGCCGUCGUAGUGCCAACGACCACUGCCGCCGCCCUGCCCACGACCACAGCGGCCGUCGUGCCCUCGGCCGUGGUGACCACCAGCGCCGUGAUCCCGACGACGACGCCCGCUCUUGUCGCCCCCACGUCCGAGGAGGACGCGCUGACGACCUCGUCCCCGCCGCUCGUGGUGGUCGUCACCUCGACCGGCGUGCUGCCGACCACGCUCAACCCCCUCCUCUCGACCUCGGCGACGAGCACGACGACGGACGGCGCAAACGCCAACGGCGGCGGCGGAUGGCGGCCCGCGCCGACAGUCACGGGCACCGUGACUGGCGUGUCGGCGCAGUACGGCGGCCCGCAGUCGGGAUACUCGUACCAGACGACAGUCAACGGCGCGCCGACGUCGCGCCCGCCCGGAAACGGCACGACCGUGCCCGCUGCUGUGCCUUCCGGCGCUGGGCGGCGCGCGGGUGUCGCUCUCGGCGCGUUGUUCAUCGCUGUGCUCGCGGCGGCUCUCUAG